GGGGGCUGACAGAGAGUGCACUGUUGGGGACAGAGCGGCAGACUGACUGUUAGCGGCCAAGCGUAGGUAGAUCACCAGACAAGCACGGCUGCUACAAGUGCACAAGGCAGUGCAACAGCGAGAAAACAAAGACGGAGAUUCACACGUACGACCAGAGUAUAGAGGAGAGUAGCAGCAGCAGCAGAGUGCUGGGACCGUUUGGGCAACAGGAGCCUGUGGUAGCCGGGACGAGGGAGGCCAAGCCCGGGGAGAUGCUGUGAGGGUGAGCCUGCCAAGUGAUGGAGCUUGAAGGAACCAGCAGGCGGGCACAAUUAGUCAGAAUGGAGGACCAGGACAGAGUGAGCCAAACUUCCAGCGUGGCCACCAUUUCCUACUUUCCUGUCAUGACGGAAUAUGAUGGAAAGGUGCAAACAUUUGGGAAAAGAUGCCAGGCAGCCAAGAGAGACCCAAACUGUCCUGUGGUCAUUAGAGGAUGGCUCAACAAAAAAGAUAGCUCUGGGUUGAAGCUUUGGAAGAGAAAAUGGUUUGUCCUCUCCGACUACUGUCUGUUUUACUACAAAGACAGCAGAGAAGAAUCUGUGCUCGGCAGCAUCCCACUCCCGAGCUACAAAAUCCUGUUCUGCUCACCGCGAGAAUGCAAGAACAGAAAGUUCACCUUCAAGGUGGUGCACCAGGGAAUGCGCUCUUAUUUCUUCAGCGCUGACACUCAGGAGGAUAUGUUGGGUUGGGUCCGAGCCCUUUGCCAGUCAGCUGCGAUGGAGCCAGACAGCUGCAUGAACAGGCGAUGCUCAAGUUACCAGGAUUUCACACAGAUAGGUGGCAGCAGUGAAUCAGUGGACUUCCCCAAAUCCCCCUCUGAUGCAGAGGGUCCCUCCGAAAAACACAGGCACGUCAACAGGACUCUGAGUGAACCGAGUCAGCUCACUGGCGGGAGGAUGGGGACGUCGCACUCAGAACAGAGGGGGAGGCGGCGUGUGCGUCAAAGGAACAGCAGCCCUUCAAACAGAACACCCAGUCCCCCCGAAUUCAGCAGAAGGAGAGCUUGUGGUCCGAGUCAAGAGGAGGAUUCUUUUCCCGGCCAAAACACACCACCCACGCAGGCGGAAAUUAUGGGAACAGGCUCUUUGACCUCCAGGGGUCAGCUGGGGUCACGACCUCAUACACCAGUGGGUAGGGUUGACAUUCGACCUCACGACGACCUGGUCACGGUGCCACAGACCCUAUACUACACACCUUCCUCACCUAAGCUGGAGUUCAAAUCCACUCCCAACACUCCAGUCUCAGAAAGGUGGCAAAACAUAAGCAAGCCUAUUCCUACAUAUGGUUCAGUUCAUCAUAUCCCAAGUGGAAGACGGCCUUUAGGAAAGAGCUACUCCACAGGGGCAAACGCAGACUUACUGCCCCCUUUGCCCCCCUCGUCGAGAGCCGCACACGCUCCUCACCCACCACACCAGCACCACCACCAUCACCACCAUCAUCGCAACCAUUUAUCUGUUUGUGUGCUGCCGCCGGCUAUGGCGCCGAAGCCUGACCCGAGGGAUAUCCCACCGAUCAGACCUCUGGAAAGUGAUGCAGAUGCUGUGUUGACGAGGUUGUGCGGGUGUGACAAGCUUCUUCAGUCACUGUCUGUGGAACUGGCCCAGCUACAAAUGGAUAAGGAUAGCGUCCACUGUGCGCUAGAGGUGUCCCGACUGCAGCUGGAGGAGUGGCAGAGUCAGGGGCCGCGGGCCCAGGAGGAGGCGCUGACCCAAAAGGCUUUGCUCCAGGAAGAACUGGUCACAAUCCGGGCCAGAAUGUGUGACGUGUCAUUGGAAAUGGAGAGGGUGUGGAGCCAGUAUGAGAGGAUGGAGAGUGAACUGUCUGUCAUACGCUCACACCUUCAGCACAUCUGCAACUUUGGAAUGCCACAGGAGCAUUCUCAGGCUCAGAGAGAGCUGUGGAUGAUGGAGGACAUCCUCGCUGGACUAAAGGUCAACAGGGAUCAUUUCCGCUUCUUGCUGGGGCUACAGAGGCACCACAUGUUCCAGCCAACAGCCCCACAUCCCGGUUCCCCUGGCUCACCCACAGAGGGGCUGCAGAGCGGACCGCCAAUGGAUGAGGAACAGGAGCCACCAGUCCGCCCGGCGUUACCCCAUGAGCUGCUGGGAAGCCAACAGAGCAGGGACCUGGGCCAUGGCUAUACAGAGUCACCAUAUGAGGGGAUCUACAGCCACACUGUUGAGCCUGCACAUAGAAGAGGGAACAGCCCGCCUGACCCCCUUAUUGUGAAAGCACAGAGAGAUGCAUCUGAAUCACAGUCUGGUUCAAAGUGGAACCCACCAGAUACAACCAACCAAUCAGCCAAGAAGACAAAGAUGAGUGAAGGGGAGCAGAUUGAGCGGAUGAAGAGAAAUCAAGAGAGGGUGACUAAUAAGAAGAAACCUCCCAUAUCCUCUCUAGGUGCCCAGAGUCGAGGUUCAGAAACACGAGAGGAGGCACCCUUUCCUUUAAGGGUGACUCGAGUUGUUACAGCUGUACUGCCGUCGUCUCUUGUGGCCCGACGGGUUUCUGUUGAGGAUCCCCCGGCUGAGCUCGACAAUCCACUGCCUGAGCAGAUCCCACCUGAGAUGCAGCAAAGACUGGCUGAGCAGAGGGAAAAAAUGUUGAAUAAGCCACCGAGGCGUCUGCUGCUGGACAGCCCUGAUAAAAACCCGUCUUUGGCAGAAAUGCACCAGGAUCAGCCCGUUAAAAGGACAAGCAGACAGCAGCAGCUGGGAGUGCUGAGGUCUACCAAGAAAGAGCCGCGGCCGGAUGUGAGCAGAGCACAGUCUGCAGAGUCCUCAAGGAAUCCAACUCGAGACCAUGUGGGUUUGGGAAACGGAAAUUUGAGCUUGGACAGUAUGGCAGAGGAACGACACCUUGCCCCCCUGACCCCGGACAUGGACCCGGACCUCUGUCUGACCUCCGAGCAGAGGGAGGCCAAGCUCCGCCGUGUGGAACGAAUACGGGAGAGAGUCAUACGAAGCGCAGUCAGAGAGAGUGCUACUACACCCAGUCAACUACCAAUCAGGGGAGAGGUGCAGGAAGUUCACCAGAUGCCUCCUGACACAGCUAGAAAACAAAGGAUAAAAUCAGAUCAUGAAAACCAACAAUGGUACGAUGGCUAUGAAAACCGUGGGGAUAACACGAGAAAACCUGCAGGACUUCAGCUCUCGAGUGGAACACCUCAGGGCGAAGAUGACAGAGAUGGACAUGUGAAAAAAUCUAAAAGUCACAUCAAGUUUGGGGACAAAACACAACGCAAAGGUCACAGUGGAAGAACAGGGGUUGCCAAAACGAAAGUCAAACGUCCAGCCUCGCCAUAUCAUAUCUCAUCAAUGACCGUCUACCAAAAAGAUGGAGGCAUGGGAUUCAUAAAUUGCAAAAUUGAAGAAGAUAAUAUGUCCGAAGAAUCCGCUGCUGAUGAUAAUGAAAGUAAUUUUUCAUCUUCCGAUCUGAGAGCCAAGUGGUUCCUCUCCACCAACCAGUGGCAAGGGUUCAUGCCUUUGCAGAUCCAUGGCAUAGACUCACUGUGCAAUGAGGACAAAACGGACAUUGAGCAACAACCAGCGUGCGCUGACGACGACGCUGAUUCCAGUGAGAUGUCGUCCACGGUGUCUGAAAGCUUAGAGAAGAUGAAAGAGAACCAUUCACUCUUCUAUAAGAUUGCAUGUGACAUCAGUAUCUCAGACACAGACAUAACAAAGAAUGAUGGCAACACCAACGUCCAGGUUUCAUGUAGGCCGGAGGAGGAAGAAGAACUGUUGAUCACUAAAUCUGCACCAGAUCACCUGACCAGUAAUGCGGUGAGAUCUUCCAACCAAGACAGCAGCCUGGGUUUGGCAACAGAUGCAGAUGAAAGUAGCCUCUCAACUGUAAGCAAAGUCCAGGAUUCAACAGUGGAAACCCUGGAAAAAAUAACAUUAGACAUCUCAGCCAGUCCAGCAAAAGAUGCAUGUGUUUAUGGAGAGUUCCAAAGACAAGAAUGUGAAGACACCUCAGGGCACGAGAACCAGCCGAAAGUCAAAGACACCAACCAUGGAGAUUCUGCUCAGGAUGCUGAUUCUAACCAGGCCCCGGAUGAACGUGCAAAGGAAAGAGAAGAACACGGUUGUGUGAACGAAGACAGGAAGGUGGACCAAGACAGAUCGGAUGAGCUGACGCACUGUGGCGGUUCAAGUGAGGAGAGCAAAGACAUGGUUCAAGAACGAGGCGAAAGCGACUCGGUCACUCCGUCCGGCUCUGUGUAUGAGGGCAGAGGCAUGAGUCGGAGUGCUUCUUUUGGGAAGGCACGAGUAACGGUGCUAAGGACAAGUCUGUAGGAGCAAGAGCAGCAGCAGCUUAAGGAGCUUAUAUGAACGAACUUGGGAAGGGCGAGAACACAGUUAAGUGAUUUAUGGUAAAGGAAACGUGCCCCGGCGGGACGGACUUAAAGUGACUGAAGGAAACUGGACUUAACUGGGAGAUGGAAGUGGUAAAAUGGGAACAUACGAUAUCAGAAAUGAAAAUAAUCCUGGGUGAAGAGUUCCAUUGUUCUUAAUAUGUGCAUGGUCUCACGAAAAUGUCCUGAAUACAAAAACUGCGUCUUCAAGUAUAGUGUUGUUCUUGUGGUUGAUGAACACCAAAUAUCGCACAUGCCUGGAAUUUGCGACUUAUACUUUCAUUCCUAUCAAAAUAUACAUCUAAUGUAACACGGAAAUUAUUGAUGAUUUGGAUGGCAACGUAACCCUGUUACUAACACUGUGUCAAAAUAUGUUUUGUAUCUCAAAAAAAGAGAGAAAAGAUUAAUAAAAAAUGAUGUGUGUGA